CACGGCUGCCCUUCGCGAGCUGUUCGCGGCUGCGGGAACUCUUCGCGGAGCCCUUGUGGCGCGCCGAACGGCUGAUCCAACGCAGACGGAUGGAGCAGUGGAGGUGUGUUGCUGGGUUGCUCUGGCGCUUCAAAAGUACCUUGCCCUUUGUUGCUCUUUCAUCCCUGCUGUCAAUGGUUCUAGGCGCCUUCUCGGCCAUGCGUUACCACUACCAAGCCGCCGUGAUCAACUUGGCCAAGGAUGCGGUGGUCUCCUCGAAGACUUCAAUGCCGACCCGGCCCGGCUCAAUUGAGGAGACGGUGGGUGCUAUGGUGGUCAGCGAGAUGAUCGUGCAGCUGGCGGAGUUUGCCCGUGGACGGCUGACCCUGCGGGGGAAGACCAAGGUGGUGCAGGAGCUGAAAGUGGCUCUUUUUGGUGCACUGCUGCGACAAGAUUUGGAGUACCUGGAGCAGUGUGACCUUUGGCAACUGCGAUCUCUGAUUGGCAGCUGUGGAACCACCAUCUCUCAGGUGGUGGACUUCCCAGCCACCUUGGUGGAGGCCUCGGUGCGUCUGCUGACGGCGGUGCUGACGCUGGGGCGGAUCAACGGGCGCCUGGCCGGGCUCCUGGCGCUCAUGCGGCUGCCCAGUCGCUUCGUGCUGCAGCGACUGCUGCAGCAUCUGGAGGAGCGCCUGGAGCUGCGUUCGUCGCUGCCGGAUUUCAAGGGACAGAUCAACAGCUGUUGGAGCAGCUUGGUGCGGCCCGCCUCCCUGCGCACCAUGCGCGCCUUCGCCCGAGAGCCUCUGGAGCUGGGGACCUUCACGCGCUUCCUGGCGGUGCAUGAAGAGUUACAGCAGCGGAAGAUGCUGAUCUUCCGAUUGAUGCAACCUUUUCAGAAUUUGCUGGAACACGCCCUGGAAAUUGUGACCCUUUGGUACGGUGGACGCUUGGCCUUGCGUGGACAGAUGGAUUUCGGGGAGCUCUCCUCGGCAGUUCUGGUGGCCCAGAACGCCUUCGAUGGAGCGAGGUUUGCGCAGGCAGCUGCUGCCAACGUCUCCAAGCAAGCCUCCUGGAAUCAGAUGGAUUUGGGUCACAACUGGGCUCUCGGACCCAUGGCGCAGAUGGCCCAACUGCUAUCCAGGCGUCCCAAGAUUGGUUUGGAUCGGCCACCCUUGGGCUCCAUGCCUAAGGCUGGGGAGGUGAAGUGGAGCCUGGAGUUUCGCAAGGUGAAUUUCUCCUAUCAGCAGCGGGGGGUGGAGAUUUUGAAGGAUUUGAGCUUCCAGGUGCACCAGGGAGAAUUCUUGGGCAUUUUGGGAACAACUGGAUCUGGAAAAUCCACGAUUCUGUCACUGAUUCUUCGGCUCUAUGAGCCAAGUAGCGGCCAAAUCCUGCUCGAUGGGAAGGACAUCAAGGAGUACAAUCCCUUGUGGUUGCGCCACCACAUUGGCUUUGUCAGUCAGGACUUGGUCUUAUGCAACCGCACCAUCCGCGAGAACCUGCUCUACGGCUGCGGCUCCUUUGACGGCACAGCCCUCGAGCCGAGUGACGCCUGCGCACGUAGGGCGCUCCGGGUCGCGCAAUGUGAGGACACCUUCUUCAACGCCGAAGCCUUCCCCAACCUUUGGCACACCGACGUGGGCAACAGCGGCAGCGAUCUGAGCGGCGGCGAGAAGCAGCGCCUGGCGGUGGCACGGGCCGUGGUGAAGCAACCGCGGCUGCUGAUUUUGGACGAAGCAACGUCGGCAUUGGACGAGAUCUCGCAGGCGCGACUGCAAGAUGAAAUCGAGAAACUGCGCCAACAGCAGGGCCUCACGGUGAUCUGCGUGGCCCAUCGUCUUUCCAACUUGGCGCGUGCUGAUCGACUGCUGGUCCUCCAAGAAGGGCAGCUGGUGGAGGAGGGAUCCCCGGCUGAGCUCGCAGCGCAGGAUGGCGUCUUUGCAGAAUAUGCGCGUGCGCAUCAGGCGGUGUUGGAUGGAAGCUGA